AUGGACAGAGGUACAUUAAUUAUUUGUAUGGUAUUCGUGUUCAGUCUGGGGAUUGGCAGAGACAGGAGUGUGGAGGCUCAAAACUCACAAAAGAAUAAUGAAUGUUUCACGCCAAAUGAUCUUAACGGCAAUUGCAUUAACAUAAAAAGAUGCCCAACGUUACUUAAUCUAUUACAAAAUCAGAGACAGAAUGCUUCUAUUGCCAAUUUUCUCAGAAAUUCUAUGUGUGGAUAUGAGGGUAAAGACCCAAAAUUAUGUUGUCCAUUGGAGAAUGAACCUACCUCAACUACCUACGCCACUGACACUUCUCAAAGGAUAACUACUCUCAGACCUGAUUCAACAGGAUCAGCAAUUUACGAAACAGUUUCGUCAAUCAAAUUGCCAUCUCAAAAAAUGUGUGGACGGUCCAAUUCUACCCACGUUCGAAUUGUCGGAGGAAAUCCUGCUGAAUUAGGUGCUUGGCCCUGGAUGGCAGCACUUGGGUAUCAAGAUCUUAAUAGACCAACUUCCGAAUACCAAUGGUUGUGUGGCGGUGCCUUGAUAUCAGAUAGAUACGUAUUAACAGCUGCCCACUGUACCGUCGGUAUUGGAAAUCGAAAAUUGGCUGUUGCACAUUUAGGUGAUUUGAACUUAGAUCCUAAAGUGAGUGAUGGAUCUGGACCAAUAGAUGUUGCAAUUUCACGUGUUAUAACACAUGAACGGUAUAACGCACAAGAAUACACCACUGAUAUUGCAUUAUUAAAAUUAGAAAACAGUGUUAGAUUUAAUCAAUUUAUUCAACCCAUCUGUUUACCUAUCUUAUCACAUCAUAGAGCCAACAAGUUAGUUAAAUCUGUACCGUUUGUUGCCGGAUGGGGUUCCACAUCAUUUCGGGGACCAAGUUCUACUCAUCUAAUGGAAGUUCAAGUACCCGUGAUGGACAAUUCCGAAUGUAAACGAGCAUUUGCCAACAAGAAAUCAGUUAUCGAUGAUAGAGUUUUGUGUGCUGGUAUCUUAACAGGUGGAAAAGACGCUUGUCAGGGAGAUUCUGGAGGUCCCUUAAUGUGGCCCAGUGGUAGUCAAUAUUAUUUAGUGGGUGUUGUGUCUUACGGAUUUAAGUGCGCUGAACCAGGUUAUCCAGGUGUAUAUACUAGGGUGGCAUCAUUUGUCGAAUGGAUCGCAGAUAACAUGAACUACAGUUAA